UUCUUUCUUCCUGUAUUUCAAGGUCCGUGAUGGCGCCUCUCGCAUUUGGUCUAUUACCCUUUACAGGAAGAAGAAGAAGAAGAAGAAGAAGAAGAUGGUCUCGGAGGUCGUAGAAUUGUUGAAGGAGCACCUUCCGGUGGACCAAGAGUCCUUCGUUUUGUCCGGGGACGUCAACACCGGCCUCGUCCUCGUCGAUGUCGUUAAUGGCUUCUGCACCGUCGGCGCUGGCAAUUUGGCUCCGAAACAGCACGACAAGCAAAUUUCCGAAAUGGUGAAGGAGUCGGUGAGAUUCGCCGGAGUUUUCUGUGAGAAGAAGUGGCCUAUAUUCGCCUUUAUUGAUUCCCAUCAUCCGGAUAUUCCCGAGCCCCCCUAUCCUCCUCAUUGCAUUGCUGGAACCGACGAGUCCAAACUAGUUCCAGCCUUGCAAUGGCUAGAAAAUGAAGCGAAUGUAACGCUGAGACGCAAAGAUUGCAUUGAUGGAUUUCUAGGUUGUUUGGAGAAAGAUGCCUCUAACGUUUUCGUUGACUGGGUGAAAAACAAUCAGAUCAAAGUCAUCUUAGUGCUGGGAAUUUGCACCGACAUAUGCGUGCUGGAUUUUGUAUGUUCGACAUUAUCUGCAAGAAAUCGCGGUUUCCUUUCGCCAUUAGAGGAUGUGAUUGUAUAUUCAGGUGGCUGCGCUACUUUUGAUCUUCCAGUUCCUGUAGCCAAGACUUUAGGCGAUGCAAUUGCUCAUCCACAGGAGCUGAUGCACCACAUAGGCCUGUACAUGGCCAGGGGAAGAGGAGCCAAGGUGGUAUCGGAGGUUUCAAUUAAACCAAACUGAGGAGCCAAACCACUUAAUCAACUACCCAAUUUGCUAUCUGCCUUCAAAACUGUCUUUCCCAAUGUAAAAUGUUUUGCUCGACAUUGCAACUGGCUUUGUAGAUAAUCAAUCAACCUCUGCUUCAGAGAGAAUAUCGUAUUAUAUAUUGCAGGCAUUUGAUAGCUUCUAAUAAAUGGCCACCAUAAUUCAAUGAGAGCCAUUGAAGCAGGACAUGCAACCAUUGAUCUUUGCAAAUUAAUUAUGAGAGGGUCAAUUGAAGUUUAAGGCACAAGGAGAAUGAACAAGUAUAUGAGAGAAUUACAGAUUUACACAAGGGCAAUGUUGCAUUAAGAUAUAUUUGAAGGAAAUUGGAGAAUUGAAACAGUAGUAGUUAGACUAUGGAUGCUGUAUCUUACCACAUAUACACAGAAAAAAAAACGAAAAAAAAGAAA